GACAAUAUCGUAUGCCUAGUAUGUGCCUACAUGGGUUUGCUUAACUAUAAUCUAUCCCUCAUAUAGACAACCUCGGUCUGGAUGCUGGAGAGGAUCAAUACCUGUGAUAAGUGUGUCACUGCUUUGCACUCUCCCAAGCGUCUCUAGCACUACGUAGGAUAAACCCGGAUUCUGUCAAGCACCUUUGAUCACCUUACUUAAAUUAUUACUGUGGCGUUUGUUGUGGACGGGAAUUUUGGUGGGGAAUACCUGAAACUCUCGGGUUCGUCGCUCGCUUUAAAACCUCUUUUGUCAACACUUGUGUUGCCGUUCGACCAGAUUUUUCCGAUGCUAAAUGAACCUUUUUGGGAAUGAACAAGUCAGUCUGCAUGAAUUUUGAUUCCUGCCAAAGAUUCGUUGACUUCAGUUAUUUUUACAUUAUUGCAGGAUUCGCGUGCAGUUGAACUACUGGUCGGGGUUGACAUGUCAGGUUUUGCAUCUGCUUUUGUCAGGACAAAAUAGAACCCUCAUUGUCGCAAUGGAAGCAGUUCAGAGUGAGUGAAAAAAGAAGUGAACAUUCAAGCCACUGGAAUUGGAUUCAAGGUUGUUGAUGGAUGGCCAAAUGAUAACUGACAUGACCUUGCCGUGAAAGGGUCGAAUUUAGUGGUCGUGAUGACGUUACAAUUGAUUGUUCUAUUGGCGCUUUAUAGCCAGAUGUGGCGAGUGACCGGUCAAAGUGUGCAAUUGAAACAGGGGUCGCUAAGGGGUUCCGCAAGGGUCAUUGAUGGACAGACCGUGUUCACUUUCAGGGGAGUGCCUUAUGCCGAACCUCCCACAGGGAUCCGCCGAUUUCGACCCGCAGCUCCACAUUCAAGAUGGGAGGGGACUUAUUCAGCCAUUGAAUUCAAGCCUCCAUGUCCUCAGCCUUCCGGGAGUCGAGUGGUCCGCGAUACCAUGGACGAGGACUGUCUCUAUCUCAAUAUAUGGACCAAUGUGAUUCCUAGAAGGUUGAAUGAAGGCCGCCCAAGGCCAGUGGUGGUCUUUCUUGAAGGCCAGUUGUUCACUUUGGGUAACCCAGCGGACAUUCCAGCCGAAGACUUUGUGGCCAAUCAGGACGUGGUGUUUGUGUCCGUCAACUAUCGGGUCAAUGCUUUUGGGUUCCUCUCUUGGGAGGACAAUGUUCUCCCAGGAAACAUGGGACUCACAGAUCAGUCGUUGGCCAUUGCUUGGGUCUAUGAGAACAUAGAGAGCUUUGGUGGAAAUCGCAAUCAAAUCACGCUUAUGGGUCACUCUGCUGGGGCGGCUAGCACUAUGUUCCACGUUAUUUCCUCACGUUCCAAUUCUCGAAUCUCUAGAGCGAUAAUGAUGUCCGGUUCUGGAUUGGCACCUUGGGCUCUGCAACAAAAUCCACGGGCCAAUGCCCGUAGAUUGGCCCAAGUCCUUGGUUGCAGCUUCUACGAUUCUCGAACCUUGCUAUCAUGCCUUCAAGGAAAGCGAGUGAGCGAUAUCGUUUCAGCGGUGGAUGACAUGAUUAGAGACGGGAAUACCAGUGCCAUCUUUGGACCCGUGGUGGACAAUUAUCUCCCCUCUACCAGCAGAUUUUUCGAGAUCAGCCCGGAAAUAGCCUUGGAACGAGGAUUGUACAAGAAGAUACCCAUGCUUAGUGGUCUGGUUUUUGACGAUGGCGUUCUGAUGGCAUACUUCCUCAAGGAGAUCAUUGACCGUCUCUCCAUUCGUGAUUUAAGGAACUUUGUGGAUUCGACCCUGAUUCCAGCCACGAUUAACCAAUUAAGUGCCAUUGGUGAUAAAGUAGUUCCAAGGGACGUGAUCAGCUUCCAGUACUUUGGCCAGUACUUGGAUGCUCGGGACAAAAGCAAGGUCUUUGAUGACAUCAUCGACUUCUACAACGAGGCGUACUUCAUGGCUCCUCUUGAGCGCCAAAUGAAUCUUAUUCACAGCAGUGGAGGCCAGAUCCAUUUCUACUUGAACACCUACAGGAGUGCGGAUAUCUUUGGGAACCAGCUAAAUAGAACCACAGCUUCGCAUGGAUCGGAUCUCUUGUACCUUUUUGGACCAGAGAUGUACCAGAAAUUCUUUAUCAGACGGUUCCAAAGCUUUGCAGAAGAACGCUUAUCUCGGAAUCUCAAGACCAUUUUUGGCAACUUCAUAUCCUCGGGAACUCCUAUCGCUAACCUUCUUUGGAAGGAGUACACCGUCAAUGGCAAGGACUUUUUCGACAUCAGUAGCAACGCCCCCGGUCGAAACUUCCGAGACAAGGCCUAUCAAUUUUGGUACAACUAUUUGCCCCGUUUAAACGAAUAUAUCGAGGACCUUGUCGAGAACCCAAACUAUGGGGAUGGUCCGGAGAUUGCACGUCUAGGUCUGGAUUGUAACACCUACAUCACAUUCACAUGGCUGUUACUGGCGGCCAUUUUGGUCCUGUUUGUCCUCCUAAUAGCCAUGGCCUGGAUGAUCUAUCGAAAGCCGCCGGAGAAAGAUUUCCUGAGCUUCGCCGAGCCCACUCAAUCCGUGUUCUCCUUGGGAGCUCGAUCCAGCGCCCGAUCGUUUGAUCCAGGUACUUCCUUCAGGGUUCCCCCUCAAACCACAAGAUCCCGGUGGAGAGAAUCCGUUACAACAUACAAGCUGUGACUGUUCUAAUCUUUGUCUUGUUUCUGAUUAUGUAUGUUUAGAUACUAUAUGUGAGUGUAUAAAGAGA